AUGCCUCUCCAUCUCCUUGGCAAAAAGUCAUGGAAUGUGUACAAUCCAGCCAACAUCGAGCGCGUGAAGCGCGACGAGGCUGAGGCGGCAAGACGGGCCUCGGAGCAAGAAAAGAGGGCAUUGCAAGACGAAGCGGAUGAGCGGAUCCGACUGUUACAAGGUCAAGGCCAAGGCCAAGGCAAACCGGGAGACACAGGGCGGCAGCUCCAUGCGUUGGACGAAGAGCAAGAGCAUGGAAGUGCGUUGGACCAGGGAUCUGGAGCAAACACAAACGCCGGCGCAGGGAUACAUACAAGUACAAGUACACCUCAACUUCGAAUCCAGAAGCGUCGACUGGCAGGUGAAGAUGACACGGACCGAGAUAUUCGAAUUGCGCGCGAGACCCAGGUGGCCUCCUAUUCGUCUACGGUGGGGCCGUCAAUGACAUCGACAUCGACAUCGACAUCCACACUCAAACGUCAGCGUCUGGACACAGAGGACUAUUCGAUCGUCGAUGCGAAGGGGAAUAUCUCACUGAUCCCGGUUCCGGCCCCGACGCGAGACCAGGAAUUCAAGAAACCGCAGAUCGACGAAGACCCGUAUACGGUGUAUUUGUCACAUGCUCUGGGCAAAGGGAAAGGCAAAGGGUCGGAUCAACCGUGGUACAGUUCUGGGCUGGGGGGGAACAGUCUGGGCGGAAACGGUGUGGGCAGAAAUGGUCUGAUCGGUGUCAAUGACGACAAGGAAAAGGAAACAGAAACGAACCCGGCAAGGGAACGAUCACGAUCACGAGACCGAUGGGGCCAAGACACCCCCCGCCGACGGGAACGCGAUGCCGCGCGCAUAGCCGCCGCCGAUCCUCUCGCCUCCAUCAAGAAGGGGGUCAAGCAGCUACGCGAAGCGGAGAGGAGGCGCGCCGAGUGGAGAGAGCAGCGCGAGAGGGAUCUUCGGGAGGUAGAGGAUCUGGCGCGGUUGGCUGGUAGAACAAAGAGACGGAGUGGGAGAGGGAGAGGGCGGGAGGAAGAAGAUGGUCUUUAUGGUGGGAGAGGGCGGGGGGAAGGGGAUGGUCUUCACGGUGAAGUCCGGCGGAGGAGAAAGCGACAUGGGCUGCAUGAGGAUGAGCGUGAGCGUGAGCGUCAAGAUGAUCCAGUGCAUAGCCGGGACAGGCGAGAUAGGGACAGGCGCAGGGAGAAUCGUGGCAAUGCCAGUGGCAGUGGCAGAAAGGAUCCGGAUCCGGAUCCAGAUGAGGAUGAUGACGAGGAUAGUAUCGAAGGGUUCAACCUCGACGAGGGAUACUCUAGGUCUCGAGACCGCGACCGCGACCGCGAUCGCGACCACAACGAAGACCGUGACCAUGACAUGGAGGAAAGGAGCAUGGAGGAAAGGAACAUAGAGGAAAGACGCCAUCACGCCCAGCAGGACCAUCAUGAGCGCCAUCACCAUCGCCAUCGUCAUCGUCAUCACCACCGUCACGGCCACAGCAAUAGCCACAGCCAUCGUCAGCGUGAACGCGAACGCGGACGUGAACGCGAACGCGGACGUGAACGUGAACCUGGAUUUCGAUCUGAAUGA